AUGACACCGCUGACCAACAACCGCCUGAUCGGAGGGGGCCUCACAUCUAGGGCCUGGGGCUUCCUCGGCACACAGGAAUUCAUUCCUAUCCACAAUGUCUUAGACGACACGGGACUGAAGCCCUUACUGGAAUUGACUGACAAACCGACUCUGACGCACCUGCACUCAUUCCGAUACAUGCAACUACAAUAUUUCUACAAUUCCCUCUAA